CAUGUGUUGCCGAGAGAUUCUUCGAAAGCUGAGUAUGCGAGCGCCAGACGAACAUUGCCAGGAAUAUGCUGGCGCGCACGACGAUAUACCGACCUAGCCGCAUCCGAUCCCCGUUGCUUACGCAUCCAACGACCAUACUGA